UUGACGUACCGGUCCUCUUAUGCAGGAGCUGUUUAUCUGGAGGGGACCCUAGAAGAAGCAAAACAAUUAUUUGGACGUUUACUUUUCAAUGACAAGGACCUGCGGGAUGUAUGGCUUAAUUAUCCACUGCACCCACUCCAACUGCAGGAGUCCAAUACUGACAGGCAACUCAUUGAGACCUCUCCAGUUCUUCAAAAGCUUACAGAGUUUGAGGAGGCAAUUGGAGUCAUCUUUACUCAUGUUCGGCUUCUAGCACGUGCAUUCACUUUGAGGACAGUAGGCUUUAACCAUCUGACUCUAGGCCACAACCAGAGGAUGGAAUUCCUGGGUGACUCCAUAAUGCAGUUGGUAGCCACAGAGUAUUUAUUCAUACAUUUCCCCGAUCAUCAUGAAGGGCACUUAACGUUGUUGAGAAGUUCUUUGGUGAACAACAGGACACAGGCCAAGGUGGCGGAAGAGCUGGGUAUGCAAGAAUUUGCCAUCACUAAUGACAAGACAAAAAGACCUGUAGCUCUUCGAACUAAGACUUUGGCUGAUCUCUUGGAAUCCUUUAUUGCUGCCCUGUACAUUGAUAAAGAUUUGGAAUACGUUCACACUUUCAUGAACGUAUGCUUUUUUCCACGGCUAAAGGAGUUUAUUUUAAAUCAAGAUUGGAAUGAUCCUAAAUCUCAGCUUCAGCAGUGCUGCUUGACUCUCAGGACAGAAGGAAAAGAGCCAGACAUUCCUCUUUACAAGACUUUGCAGACAGUGGGACCAUCUCAUGCCAGGACAUACACAGUAGCUGUUUACUUCAAAGGGGAAAGAAUAGGAUGCGGUAAAGGUCCAAGUAUUCAGCAAGCAGAAAUGGGAGCUGCAAUGGACGCACUUGAAAAAU